AUGAGGAAAUCGGCUCUGCGAAAGGGUGCUCUCAACCUGAAAACACUUUUGCGUCGGAGAGAAUCGGUUAUUGCUUCGGCUGAACUGAUAAAAACGUUCGAUGAAAAUUUCGAGGUUUCGCAAAUAAAUCAGGUAGCGCUACGGAUCGAACGGCUCGAUGAGCUAUUCAGGAAAUUUGAGAGUGUGCAGGAUGAAAUAGAAUUGAUCGAGGAUAGGGAAGAAAAGUUUCUUGAUGACCGUGAGCAGUUCCAAGAUAAAUAUUUUGAGUUGAAGGCGUCUCUAAUGGGUAAACUUCCGCAAACAGCCCCCGUUCUUCAGUCUGCGCCUCUAGUUCAGACUCCGCCCGUGCAUGUGAACCCUACUAUGUCCGUCAAGCUUCCGGAACUGCGAAUUCCGGAGUUCAGCGGAAAACCGGAGCAAUGGAUAGAAUUUCGGGAUCUCUUUAAAGCGGUUAUCCAUUCGAACACCCAGCUGUCAGCGGUUCAAAAACUACAUUACCUUCGAAGCUCGCUAGCGGGUGAUGCGUCACGUUUAAUCUCGUCUACCGCUCUUACAGCGGAUAACUAUCCUAUAGCCUGGAAGAUCAUCACCGACCGAUAUGAGAAUAAAAAUUACCUAGUCAAGCAACAUAUGACAGCUCUUUUCAAAACCCCUCCCGCCAAGAAGGGGUCCGCUGCUGCCUUGGACGAGCUGGCAGAUGAAUUCAACCGACACGUUAGAAUCCUCGACAAACUUGAAGACGUAAACGACCACUGGAAUUCAUUCCUAGUGGAACGUUUAAGUAGCUUGCUUGAUGGAAAAUCCCUGCUGGAAUGGGAGACUCAGUGCAAGGAGGAAGAAACUCCGAAAUACGACGACUUACUCGACUUUAUGCACAAAAGGUCCCGUACUUUACAGAAGUGCUCUGCAUUUGUCAAUACUCCCGUUGAAAACAUUUCUAAACCAGUGAAAGGCAAAGCUUCCUCUUCCCAUGUUGCUUCCGAAAGUGUGUCGAAGUGUCCGGGAUGUAAAAACUCUCAUCCUCUAACACAGUGUGAAAUGUUCCAGAAGCUGACUCCGAAUAACCGUUUCGAUUUCGCGAAAAGUCAUCGCCUGUGCAUCAAUUGCUUAAGGGGUGGCCACAUGGCCAAGGAAUGCCGUAGUGGUCUUUGUAGAAUCUGCGGCAAGAAGCACCACAGCCUGCUUCAUCUACCAACAGUAACGUCGAUCCCCGCAGCUGUUAGCACGAGCGACGAAGAAGGCACAUCACAUACACGCAUAGCAGUCUGCGCCACACCAGCCACCACUUCUAAAUCAGAAGUUUCGUAUUCGGGCGCGAUGGUACCAUCGGUGGUACCAACACAUACAUUACCCCAGGCAAUUAAGUCGGUUUCGCGUAGACCGCUGUCGAUAAGCACUUCGGUCGAAAGUCCCCCUUCUUCGUCGCCGGUGGUUUCGUACGGUCCUUUCGAAUCAGAGCCGCUUCCAUAUAGUUCCCAUGUUCCAGCCGCAUCGUUAACACAAUCAAAUGAGCCUCAUCAAGCAACCAUAUUCCUCUCAACAGCCGUGGUACGAGUUCGAGAUAUCAACGGUGCCUAUCAUUAUGCCAGGGCACUACUUGAUAGUGGCUCACAAUCGAAUUUCGUUUCCGAAUCCCUUGCGCAAAAAUUGGGUCUAAAACGUUCGCGAAUCAAUCUUCCCAUCAGCGGAAUAGGCCAAGCAACAGUAAGCGUUCAUUUUAAAGUCGAUGUUAUGAUCGCUUCUCGGUUUGGAAACUUCGAGCAUCUACUCGACUGUUUGGUGCUGCCAAGACUAACGGUUUGCUUGCCUAGUCGCCAUGUGGAUAUUGACUUGGCGGAACAUUUCAAAACACUCUUAGGCUACGUUGUCUCUGGGAAGGCUCACACUCCCACACCUGGUUUGGUGUCGUGCCACUUAGUAACUGACCAAGAUCUAAAUGACCAGCUAGCUCGAAUGUGGGAAGUUGAUGACUUCGAUGUUGGGAAGGCUCUGACCCAGGAGGAAAGGGAAGUGGAACACCACUUCACAAGAAACGUCACAAGGAGCGGAGAUGGUCGCUACACUGUUCGUCUCCCCCUGCGACAAUCCAUGCUGCCGCUGCUUGGUGACUCUUACAGCUCUGCUCUUCACCGCCUUUUGAUGAUCGAGAGACGUUUCGCUAAAAACUCAAGCCUUCGAGAAGAGUACAUCAGGUUUAUGGAUGAAUACGUCAAUUUGGGACAUAUGGAAGUGGUCAUACGCGUCGCGGGCCCGCAGUUCUUCUUGCCACACCACGCCAUCCAUCGUCCGGAAAGCAGCACCACUAAAACCCGUAUCGUUUUCGACGCCAGCAGCAAAGCAACUGGUCAUCUAUCACUAAACGAAGUGUUGCAGACUGGCCCCAUCGUACAGCCCCCACUGAUCUCGACAGUGAUCAAUUUCCGGAUGCCCAAGUUUGUUUUCACGGCUGACGCGGAGAAAAUGUUCCGCCAAGUCUGGAUACACCCGGAAGAUCGGAAGUUUCAGCAGAUCCUCUGGCGCCGAGAUCCUUCGCAACCAGUACAAACAUAUCAGCUCAAAACGGUCACGUACGGGCUCACUAGUUCUCCGUACCAUGCAGCUGCUGUGCUCAACAAACUGGCAGAGGACGAAGGACAGAAAUAUCCUCUUGCGGCACCCGUCGUAAAAGAACGUUUCUACGUUGACGAUGUUUUGGCCGGAGGAGACGAUCCAGGGGAGGUAGCGGAAACUUGUCGACAGUUGCAGGCUCUGUUAGCAAAGGGAGGAUUCACAUUGCGGAAGUGGUGCACAAACGAUUCAAGAGUGUUGCAACACAUCCCUAGCGAGCUGUGGGAAAAUGCUUCGCAAAUCGAAAUCGGUCAGUCCCAUCUUACAAAAACUCUCGGACUGCUAUGGGAUGCCAGCUCAGAUUGCUUCAGAAUAAAAAUUCCUUCGCUGACGGAAUUGAAUGGAGUAACCAAGCGCGUCGUGGUGUCGGAGAUGUCUCAGCUUUUCGACCCACUCGGAUUCCUUGGACCGGUAGUGAUUAACGUCAAAAUGUUCAUUCAGGAGCUAUGGACGAAGUGUCUAUCUUGGGACGAAGAGUUAUCUGACGAAGACAGCAAUUGGUGGCAGAAUUUUCGUGUGGAAUUACCCAUUCUCGCGAAGCUCACAGUGCCCCGGUGUGUGCUUCCCAAUCAACAACGCGAAUAUCAACUCCAUUGUUUCAGUGAUGCGUCUCAGCGAGGGUAUGGUUCCUGUGUCUAUGUUGUGGGACAAAACGCAAGUGGAGAAAUUGAAAGACACCUUUUGAUCGCCAAGUCACGUGUCGCUCCGUUACGUGGCUUAUCAAUACCGCGCCUAGAGUUAUGUGCUGCGGUUCUCGGAAGUCAGCUGGUACAGAAAUUACGGACCACCGAAUUCGUCGUCGCUAGUGCUACAUUUUGGACAGACUCAACUGUGGUACUACACUGGAUUCGUUCGGUGUCUACAAAAUGGAAGGUGUUCGUCUCCAACAGAAUAGCUGAGGUUCAGGGUCUCACCAGAGGCUCUCAAUGGAGACACGUUCCUACACAUCUAAAUCCAGCGGAUCGUAUUUCACGUGGCGUCCGCCCAACACAAAUACAGGAAGACACAUUGUGGUGGCACGGUCCAAACUUUCUCGCUGGACCGAAGGAGGACUGGCCUGAAAUCUUGCCAAACUCAUCAGACAUCGAUGUUAUCCAGGAACGGCGCCAAAUCAUCGCUUUGACUUCCAUCGUCGUGGAUAAUUCCAUUUUUUAUCGUUACGCCGAGCUGGGACGCUUGCUGAGAAUAUCUGCAUGGUGCAUCCGGUUUGCCGCAAACUGUCGUCGCCAGAAGGAUGAACGUAACUUUGAAAGGAUUACACCACACGAGAUAGAUAGCGCGUUGAAGAUCCUCGUUCGUAAGGCACAGGUAACAGUUUUUCAUCGUGAGAUUAUACAGCUCGAAUUACAAAGACGUGAUUCCAACUACACGGUCGAACUUGAUAAUAAAUCCCCCCUGAAACAUCUGAAUGUCUUCCUCGACAUCAAUAGUUUACUACGCCUCGAUGGACGUUUGCGGAAUGCGUCAAUCCCCUACGAUUCGAAAUAUCCGAUGAUUCUCCCAGCAGACCAUCGCUUGAGCCUCCUCCUAGCUCGAUCACUGCAUUUGCAAACAGCUCACUCUGGACCUUCAUUGCUGUUAGCAACCAUGCGCCAACGGUUUUGGCCUUUGCGUGGUCGGCAGCUGGUGCGUAAGAUCGUGCGCUAUUGUAUUACCUGCUUCAAGUGUCGCCCACCUAAUAUGCACCAACAAAUGGCACCGUUACCUGCGGUUAGAGUUGUUCCGUCCCGAGUGUUUUCAAAGGCUGGCCUCGAUUACUGCGGGCCAUUUCUAAUUCGUCCGUUAUAUGGGAGGGGGGCAAACGUGAAAAUGUAUAUCGCGGUUUUCGUUUGCCUGGCGGUAAAGGCGGUGCAUUUUGAAAUCGUUCCCGACCUUACGUCCGCUGCCUGUAUAAACGCAAUUACACGAUUCGUCUCGCGAUACGGCCGAUUACUUGAGCUCCAUUGUGAUAAUGCGACAGCUUUCGUCGGGGCUGAUCGCGAGUUGAGAGCAGCACGCGCGCGUUAUCUGCAGCAGUUCCAAACGAACGAAUGGGAGAACUACUGCCUGGAUUCAGGAAUUGAGUUCCACUUCAUCCCGGCUCGCUCACCACACUUCGGGGGGUUGUGGGAGGCCGGAGUGAAAUCCUUCAAAUAUCACUUCCGCCGGAUAUUCGGAAACAGGUCCUAUACACUGGACGAGUUCUCUACUGCUGCUGCCCACAUCGAAUGUAUCUUAAACUCUCGGCCUCUCACUCCCUUAACAGACCAUCCAGAUGACCUUGACGUAUUGACUCCCGGCCACUUUCUGAUCGGGGAGCCAAUGUUCUCGAUACCUCAGCCCGAUGUUUCAGACGUAAAUUUGACGCGUCUCUCUCGAUUACAGGAAAUGCAGAGAUUGAAGCAAGAUUUCUGGAACAAAUGGUCCAGGGAUUAUGUCAGCCAACUUCACCAGCGAUCGAAAUGGAAGACAGCUGUUACCAACGUCCGAAAGGGAGCGCUAGUCUUGCUUAAGCAGGAUGGACUACCACCGUUCAUGUGGAAUCUUGGCCGGGUGGUAGAGACGUACGUCGGUUCCGAUGGGUUGGUAAGGGUGGUACUUGUACGAACUGGUCAAGGAACGUACAAGCGAGCCAUCACCGAAGUUCGAGUCCUACCGCUGGAGAACGAAGGAAACCAUGAGCAUCGGGUGUUGGGAGAGGAUAAUGGAGUAUCCCAACCACCACAAUAA